AUGGAAGCUUCUCUUGUUGUCCUUCACCAGGAAUUUGGGAGUGCUAUUCAGGAGCUUCGCAGUGAGAAUCAACAGCUCCAGGCUGAUUGCCAAUCUUUACGGGCUGAAUGUCAAUCAUUACAUACAGCUCUGAACAGCUCCCGAUCCCAAUCCCGUCCGAAGCCUUCACUGCCAGACCUUGAACGAAUCCCUGGCAGCCUAUAUUGCUAA